AUGAAUCGAAACAACGACCAUGUAUCGAGAGACUCUUGCGCAAGCGCCUUGAAAGCGACAAGGGAUACCAGAAUUCUCAGUCAUCAAGUCCACCAUGGAAGAUCCUUGUACAAUUCUCAAUUCGGGCAUCCAGGCACUGAGAUUGCAUACAACCAAGAGUCUUUACACCACAACAGCGUACAGAUCAACCGACUUUACCUCCCUUGGGCGGCGCAAGAGCCGCCGAGCGCUUUUAUACCGCAUCUCUCUUGGAUUGCCAACUAUGGCGCGAAUAUUUGGGACUACAAUCAGGUUUCGCCAUGUGAUGGGACUAGCAACACGUGUGGAUAUCUGCCAUACCAGGGUAUUGCUUACCAACCUACCGUCGUGGUCUCACUCCUUGAACAGAUACCGUGGAAGGGUACCAACACACAGCAGCUGAAGGCUGGACCAAACUCAUGCCUCCGUACAGUAUCGCUGCCUGACGUCAACAACGAGGAUUGGAUAUCGGGCUGGUCCAUGGAUGAGAGGCCAUAUGUCUAUCCACUUGCCGUCGGACAAUCCCCAACAGGAUGUUGA